CACUGUCAAACUGACAUCAUGACAGCAUAGCAAAAUAUGGAACAAAAGAAAAAAAAACAGCAGUGAAAAAAACUUUGCAAACGAAACGAAAGAAUGAUGUGUACACAUACGAUUCACCAUCAGCGCAACGCGCAGUGAAAAUUACCCGAGUUCCGUGCUAGAUGCCGAAUUGAAUUCAAAAUCGUGUGUGUUUGUGUAGCUAGAGAGUUGUUCCUGUUUGUGCUGGUUCCGGAUCGUACGCUGCUCCGGUCCGCUGGACUCGGUCAAGCUGCCCGAAUCUGCGUUUAUGUGUGCAACGUAUGCACAAGUCAUCGGUGCACUCGUUGGAAAAAGAUUUGCCGAUAAAGUGCACCUUCCGUGCGUGUGAGAUAAAUUGUCCCGUCGGUGAAUCGUCUCAGCGAACAGGCAUUUCGCUUGUUUAUCCCCUGUAAACACCACAAAGUGUGUUCCCUCUGGUUCUACGUGGCCCGUUGGGGGAAUUGUUGAAUGAAACACUUUUCGUGGUGGAAGCUUGUAUGUGUGUUUGUAUGGGCGAAGGUGUGAAGGCGGUGUGAAGAUGCUGCCAUGUGAUGAAGGUUAACUCACACUGCUCCAAGGUUGGAUAAUAAUAAUUGUUGCAAUAAUAAUCCAAAGUGUUCCGCUCCCUGUAAAGUGUUGGCAGUAAGACCGUGCGAGUAACAGUGAAGCCUGGCUAAAGUAUUCGAAAAUCCGCCUUACGUAAGGCAUCCGUGUGAAGGCAACAUAGUGCAAGGAAAAGUGCAAUACCCGAGGAGAGGCAACUAAAAUCUUGUACUGGAGUUACACACCCGGAGCUAUUUACCCGCUUACGACGUUUGAUCGAGCGCAAAGGGGACGAUAGCCGAGACGGUACGGUACGUGGACGCGGCGGCACGCAAUUCACACGCAUCAGAAUGUCGUUCGUCAGCGGCACCACCGACACCGAGGCGGCACAAAAGUUUCUCGAGGUGCUGCAGAACGAUUUUCGCAAUCUAUCGCUCGAGACGAAGAAAAAGUUUCCCCAGAUCAAAGAGUCAUGCGAGGAAGCGAUCCUGAAACUAAAAUCGGCUGGCGCUAAUCCGCAAACACCCGUCUACUAUGUGGUCAACCAGAUCCUGUACCCGUUGGUGCAGGGCUGCGAGUCGAAGGAUUUAAAAAUAAUCAAAUUUUGCCUCGGGAUGAUGCAGCGCCUCAUCACACAACAGGUGGUGGACCAGAAGGGUGCGCGCUACAUCACCGAUACGCUCUGGAUGCUGAUGGAGAACGGGACGGAAGAGGUGAAGGUGCUGCAAAGUGUCACUCUUCUGCUCACCACCAACACGGUCGUGCAUGGCGAGACGCUAGCAAAAACGCUGGUCCUAUGCUUUCGGCUACACUUCACGAAGGACUCGACAACGAUCAACACGGCCGGUGCGACCGUUCGGCAGCUAGUUUCGCUUGUGUUUGAGCGUGUGGUCGCCGAGGAAGCGGAAGCGGAUGCUAACCAGGACGAACGGCGUGAGGUAAACCUGGAGGAACUGAAGCUAGCCACUGGGGUUGCCCCGAAAGGGUUGCUUCCCUGUGCGGCCGAUGCGUUUCUACUGUUCCAGGAUCUGGUACAGCUCGUCAACGCUGACCAACCGUACUGGCUGCUGGGUAUGACGGAAAUGACCCGCACCUUCGGGCUGGAAUUGCUCGAGUCUGUCCUUACGCAGUAUACGUCCGUGUUUUACCGCAAUCCAGAGUUUAGCUUUCUGCUGAAGGAACGCGUCUGUGCGCUGGUCAUAAAACUUUUCUCGCCAAACAUCAAAUAUCGUACCAUCGCUCCGCAGGCCGGCGUUGGAGGAGCAGGCGUACAGCCGGGCGGUGGUGCGCCACACGAUAAACCGUACUUCCCCAUCAGCAUGCGCCUGCUGCGUGUGGUGUCGAUUCUGAUCCAGAAGUAUCACAGUCUGCUGGUAACGGAGUGUGAAAUCUUCCUGUCGCUCAUCGUGAAGUUCCUCGACCCGGACAAGCCGGCUUGGCAGCGAUCACUAGCGCUGGAAGUGUUGCACAAGAUGACCAUCCAACCGGAGCUGCUCAUCUCGUUCUGCCGGUGCUACGAUCUCAAGGAUCACGCGACAAACAUCUUCCAAGACAUCAUCAACUCGCUCGGGACGUAUGUGCAGAGCUUGUUCAUCAAUCCGCAGCUACUCAGUGCGUCGAUGGGAACUGGCGGGGCCGGAGGUAGCGGCGGUGGUGGCGGUGGAGGUGGUGGAAGUGGCAGUGGGGUCGGAGGAACAUCUGGACAGCAGUCGCAGCUAAUGGGUGGCAUGCCCGUCGGGCCGGGCAUUUCUCCACAGCCCGGUUUCAUUUUCCGUGGCGUGUUUCUGCCGCUCGUGGUAACUUUCCCGAGCGGCCAAUCGAAGUCCACCUUUCUGGAGAUGCUGGACAAGAUGGAACCACCGCCCAUCCCGGAUGGGUAUGGGAUAUCGGUGGCGUACGCUUGUCUGCUCGACAUCGUACGCUCCAUUUCACUGUCCAUCCAGGGACCGUCGCAGCUUGGGGAGGAAAAUCCGGCCCCCUACAUGCAGCGCGUCAGCGAAGCGGACAAAGCGCUGCACAUUCAGCUGAUACACUCGAGCUGGCUGGGAUUACUGACGGCGCUGGGUCCACUGAUUGAUGCCGCGACGGAUGAAUCCUCGACAGAGAGCGUGCUGAAGGCUAUCCAAAACUAUGCGGCGCUGUGUGGUCUGCUGGAGCUGCACACCCCGCGGGAUGCCUUCAUUACGGCGCUCUGCCGUGCCUCGCUUCCGCCGCAUUACGCACUGUCGGUGCUGAACGUGAACUAUCAAGGCAACGCGUUCAAAUCCCACAUGCGGCUGGGCAGCCAGGAUAUGACGGGAGCGAGCAUUGGCUAUCAUGGAGGUACCUACGCGGACAUCGAUCAGCAGCAGCAACAACGGCACCCCGUUGUGGCCGUUGGAACGCCGCUCCCAACGUCCUCACUACCCGUCGGUGCCCACCAGGGGCCGGUUCUGUUGACCGCCAAAAAUUUGCAAUGCAUGCGGUCGGUGCUACAUCUGGCACACUGCCACGGUAGCAUUCUGGGCAGCUCGUGGCACAUUGUGCUCACCACCUUGCAGCAUUUGGCGUGGAUUCUUGGCCUGAAACCUUCCACCGGCGGCAGUUUGCAGGCCGUUCAGAAGCCUCCGACCGACGCGAACUCGAUCACCCAAGUCAUGACCGAUCUGCCGGUUCUGUCGACGAUGCUGAGCCAGCUGUUCGAGUCCAGCCAAUAUCUGGAUGAUGUGGCGCUGCACCAUCUGAUCGACGCCCUGUGCAAGCUGUCACACGAGGCGAUGGAACUGGCGUACAAUAAUCGCGAACCGUCGCUGUUCGCUGUGGCCAAGCUGCUCGAAACGGGGCUCGUCAAUCUGUCUCGCAUCGAGGUUCUGUGGCGCCCGUUAACGAACCACCUGCUGGAAAUCUGUCAACAUCCGCACAUUCGCAUGCGCGAAUGGGGCGUAGAAGCGAUAACGUAUCUGGUCAAGGCCGCCCUACAGUACAAGUACGAACGACCGUUGAAGGAAAAUCUAAAGCUGCAAACCCUGCUGCUUGGACCGCUGUCGGAACUAUCGUCGGUCCCGCACGGUGACGUGCGGCAGCGUCAGCUGGACUGUGUGCUGCUCGUCCUGAACGGGGCAGGAGAAACACUGUCGCAUGGUUGGCCGCUAGUGCUCGGUAUCAUCGGUGCCGUCAGUGACCAUCACGGCGAAUCUUUGAUCCGUAUCGCGUUUCAAUGUUUGCAGCUAGUCGUAACAGACUUCCUGCCCGUCAUGCCCUGGCGUUGUCUCCCGUUGUGCGUCAACACAGCGGCCAAGUUUGGUUCACAAACGCAGGAGCUCAACAUUUCACUGACCGCUGUUGGGCUGAUGUGGAAUAUUUCAGAUUACUUCAAUCAAAAUCAGGAGAAACUGUCGCAGACCGUGUGCGACGAUAUGUCCGUUUUGCCGGACUUUCCAGGAACGCUGAACAUGCCCCACUUCGACCGGCUGUGGAUGUGUUUGUACGCUCGGCUGGGCGAUCUGUGCGUGGAUCCGCGUCCAGCCGUGAGGAAAUCCGCCGGUCAAACGCUUUUUUCAACCAUCUCUGCACACGGCGCUUUGUUGAAUCCACCGACCUGGCAGGCUGUCCUGUGGCAGGUGCUUUUCCCGCUGCUGGAUAAGGUGCGGGCGCUUUCUAGCUGUGCCAGCAACGAAAAGGUCGACACCAGCGGAAACAUACUGAUUCAUCAUUCGCGUAACACGGCCCAAAAGCAGUGGGCCGAAACGCAGGUCCUCACACUAUCUGGAGUAUCGAGGGUAUUUAAUACGAAAAGGGCGCUGCUGCAGAUGUUGGGCGAUUUUCCACGUGCUUGGGCGCUCCUGUUGGAGUUUAUAGAAAAUUCUGCACUCAGUAAAAGCAACGAGGUGUCGCUAGCGGCACUGAAAUCAUUCCAAGAAAUUCUUUACAACCGUCCCACCGUGCCGGCUGCUAGCGGUGGAGCGGUAUCCUCCUCAUCGGGCGGUGGAGAUGAGGUCGGCGCGAUACGAAACACUCCAGCAACGGCUGAAGCCGACAUUUGGAACGUAGCGUGGCGAGUGUGGUUAAAUAUCGGUGCCGAAAGCACCAAACCUCCGACGCUCGGUGACCUUUCCGGUGAUAAGGGUAACAACGGCGGUGGCAGCAGUGCCAACGGUGGCAGUGAGGAUUUAUACAUCCCUAGCCAGGCCUUUUUGACCGCCCUCGUACACAUCUUCCCGGCACUGUUCCAGCACAUUAGGGCGCGAUUCAACAGCAAAGAUCUGACGCAACUCUGUGCCGUGUUAAUGAACGCUGUGGCCGUCCCGGUGCACAGUGACUCGACGCCUUACAUUAUGUCCACCAUUUCGGACUCGCUGUUGACGCCCUUGCACGACGGAGUGCUGGACUGCAUGGAACUGCUGCAGAAGGAAGCCAUCCACGGUGGCGGAGGUGCCAGUGGGAUAAAAAAUAUGAUAUCGGCCAUUUUUAAGCAAUUGUUAAGUUUCAGUAAAUUUGCCUGCGCUCCGCCGAGCUUCGAUCGCAUUGAAACAAGGCCUCUUAAAUCGUCGAGAAGUGGGAGCGGUGCAGGCACAAACACCGGCAACACCGGCACCGGCGGUCUCAUUCAUCCCGUUUCAUCCGCGGCCAACGCAAACGGCGUCGAAUGGGUUAGCAUGAACUACAUUCCGUUCGGCGAGAAAGCGCUUACUGUGGCCGUGAAGCUUUACCAGCAGACGGCCAACGAUGUGGCGGUGAUUGAAGGACAGAUACUGCACGAAAUUAUCAAAGCACUGCAUCUUCCACUGUCGCUAAAGUACAAGUGCAUGUCCUCGAGCACCUGGAAGCUGGCUAUCUCUAGCCUGAUCAGUGUGCUGCACACCGGGUUGCCAGUGGCGCGAAAACACCCGAAACAGUUCGCUUCUAUGUGGAAAGAUUUAGCCGAUACGCUGGAUCAGUUUUUGUUUACGAAGAGCAUUUGCAUCGUUGAGGAUCGAGGUUUGGAUGAACUUAUCUUGGAUGAAACAAUCGACUGUCAGGUGAUCGAGCUGAUACGCGAUGAAAUUCUCCCAUACAGCCAAGAGAUUCCGCAACAGUUCAUCCUGGACGCGGUGGUUAUUUUAAACAAGGGUUCCAUUCACUCGGCCACGACCGGCAGCACACCGUUCGCUGGCUGCGAAACAGAGCUUAAGCUGCGCGAAGAGUUUGCCAAAACGUGCUUCGAAACAUUGCUGCAGUUUUCGCUGCUGGACGAUCGUGUCGGUACAGCGGCAGCCAGUGCGGUGGACGAAAAGGACACGAACCUGGCCAACAAUAAUUCCACGCUGUGUGAUGGGCAGGGUAGCAAAACGUCGGAGGGUGGCAUUGCGGGACAGUUGGCGAUAACGGCACUGCUGCACCGGUUCGAGGAGGUUCUUAGAAAGUUCAACGAAGACGAACGGUUGAGUGGCAAAUUUCCCUUACCAAGGUAUCGUUUAUCGGAAAUUUCGUUCGUUCUAAAAGCCGUCGCCACACUUGUGAUAUCCAUGAAGAAAGCACCCGCCGCUAAAGUCGGUACUACCGCCUGGGAGCAGCUCAUCAGUCUCUAUCCCUAUCUGGUGGACUGUACGACUACCAGCUCCGCCGAGGUGUCUCGCUCUCUUCGUGAGGCGUUGCUGCAAUACUGUGAUUUGCUGCGACCACCGAGCACGUCCACUACUGCAGCAACGGAUGCAAAUGGCCAUACCGGAUCAGGACACGGCGGUGGCACCACCCUGGCCGCUAACAACAAUGAGAUCGUCAACACAAACGGCAUUAGCCACUGUUAGCUGAUGUCCAACACCUCGGCCAGUUUCUUCUUCCUCGUGUGGUACGAUUCGGGUUUGUUGAUGAAGUUGCUGGUCUAGGUUCGCGAUUUUUCUGCAUUGAUACCCGUCCCGCGGGGUGAUGCAGGGCCUGGUAAUGUUUAUGAGGAAAGAAAUUGGAUCGGAGCAAAAUAGAGCAACAUUAUUGCACUUAUACAGCAACAGACAUCUAUUUUCGUUAGUCCUUAGCUUGAUCGGUUCAUGCCACCACGAUUACAUUUCGUUUCAAUUUGAUAGAAGUAAUGGUAAAUGCAUGGCGCUUUUUUCGUAAAGCAUGUUCAAACGACCCAGUUCAUCAUACUUUCAUUAGUAUAGUAGCGCGCGGACGGCGAUAUUUGAUACAGAAUCGAUUACAGCCACAGUUACAUUAAAUUCGGCAUUACACUACCACCACCACAGAGCCGGCCGAUAAUUAGUCGGCCCAUUUUUGAUGCAGCUUAUUGCAACAGUUUUUUCCCCUACCAUCAUAUCGAUACACUACAUAUUUUACUUCCGUAGCGUAGAGAAUGUUCUUGUAGUGGUUCUCGUUCCAUUCGUUCGUUCCAUGUAAGUUCGCAUGUUGCACAUUUUCUUCUACGAAAUCAAUAUUCAACAGUACAUUAUCAAGCUACCAUCAACGCCUAACAAAAAAAAACCCUUCACAAAUGAAGCUAUGCAACUUGACAACCAACAACUUUCCAUCGUUCCUCGUUCCGCGUUCCACUUUAGUAGUAUCAUUAGCCUAUUAGCCAGGUUUAGCAGACGAUUUAUCAGGCUGCAAAGAUCAUGUGACUAGAAAACGACACACACACACACACACAGACACACGAAGCAUGCAAUUGCAAUUCUAAAUUGUCUAAAUUUGUUUAAAUUACGUUGCUUACUGUAAGGGAAUUGGUUUGCAAAUUUUAUCGUUACACUCAAACAAAUCCCCCCCCCUGUUCUGUAUUCCCGUUGGUUAGCUGGAGUGCGCUAAAGUAAACUAGCGAAGGUGGUAAAACCCAUGAUUCCUAUUCUUUUAUCCGCACUUAAGUAGUUGUGUAAGGUGUAAGGCCUGGCGUGAGAGAGAGAGAGAGAGAGAGAGAGAGAGAGAGAGAGAGCGAGACCGAAAUCAUCUUAAAUGGUUGUGUUAUGUAUGUGAAGUGAAUAAAGAGUAAAAGUAUGUUUCACCUCCCCCUUAAACUAAAAAGCAUAUUCCGAAUACCCUGUCUGAUCUGCGGACCGGCUGCUACAAACCGUCAUAACAUUUGCCACCCGCUCUGGUGCAUCAUGAGCCGCGCGUCGUGAUCCAUUUGCGUCAGCCAAAAAGCUUUAAGAUAAAAUUACACAUUCAGGCAGCAGACGCAUUCUUGUCUGUAGAGGCAAUACCGUUGGCUGAAGGAAGAAUUGUGUCGUCGUAAAACACAUUUAAAGAAGAAGGAAAAACGGUACGACACGGAACGCAUACACAAUUUUAGCAAAAACGCGCAACUGAAGGCAGAGAGCGUUGAGGAAGUGUUGCUAAAUCGUAUUGAGGCAGUUUUAACGAAUUUACAGGCAUUUAGGAUCAAAAUAAAGUUUUAUUAGUGACAACA